UUGAAGUGAUCAGUGCUUUUGGACUAUUGUCGCAGCAUCUAGAGUUUAUGGUUGGAACAAUGUUGGGGAAAUUGUGCAAUCUUCUUGUGAUCAGUGUUACUCUCUUCACGUGCUGCCUUGGGGUGGACGUGUCGGAUUUCAAGAGGAGUUUCUCCCUCGAUUGUGACUCUCAGUACAACCCUAUGUGCCUCAAAAUGGAUAUUGUCGCCUUUAUUGAACGUCUCUCGGCAAAUUCUGAACUUGUCCUCUCACCAAGUGUCUCUAUUGUCAAGGAUACCAAUGCUAAUGCCUCAAGGAAUGCCGAAAUAAUUUCUGAGCUUUCAAGGAGUUUUCCCAAUGAUCCUACAAAAAGGAUGGAUGGUUUCCUCUUCUCCAAAUUGAGUGAUUACCUUCAGUCUCAUACCCUGAGAUUUCGUCUCUGGGACAACAAAUCCAGCCUCGAAGACGCCAGGGAUGCCUUCACAGGACGCAAGGGAAAGAUCGGUGGAAAGAAAGGCGGCCUUGGAGGUCUUCUUGCGGCAGCAAUGAUGAUGAAAGGUACGAUGAUGGCUCUUGCGCUGGGAGCUUUGGCAGCACUGGCGGGCAAAGCUUUGAUGACUGGUAUGAUGGCAUUGAUGUUGUCUGCGAUCGUUGGUCUAAAGGCACUGGCAUCUGGCGGAAGCAAGUCCACAACUUAUGAGAUCGUUGCCAAACCCUAUUAUUCCAAUUCGCAUUCUUCAAGUCAUGAAGAACACCAUGCCGGUCAUGGUGGCGGAGGACACACAGGAUACGGAGGAUAUGGACGAUCAAUCAACCUGGUACUUCCAGAACACCUCAAGAAACCAUAAAGUUCCUCAGAAUAUACCAAAUCUUCCUAAAAGAAAAGUCCUCGUCCUAAUCACUACUUACACAUUUUCCCGCCAAAAUCACCAUCCUCUAAUUUAUUUAUUUAUUUUAGCAAAAAGAAACUUUUAUUUAUAUUGUACCUUACCGCAUACUCACAUGCAAAUACCAUGGUGAAUGCGAAAGAGAGAUUCACAAAAUAAAAAUGUGUUAAACUUAGGGAAUAAUUAUAAUUGCUAAAUAGUGCAUUUUUUGCGCAUGAAAGAGAGAAUAUUGUAAAUUAGAAUAACAAGAUAAUUUGUGACCCGUAAAAAUAACAAAAUGCUCCUACUAUUGUUAUUUAUAUUUCUUUCUACAAAAUAUAUUAUUAUAGAAUAAUAAAGUAAUUAUGCACACCAUGAGAAAAA